GUGCGCGCUCGGAGUUUCCGGGGAAGAGGACGGAGGAGGACCUGCGCGCGGAGGUUCCUACCGCCGCGGAGGAGGCAAUGGCGGUGGUAGUCUGGGGGCUGCGGCUCUGGCGGGCCGCCCCCAGUGGCGGGGCUGCCUGGAGGUCUGUGGCCACAUCACCUGCUUCUCAGCUGUCACCGACCGAACUGAUACAAAUGCAGAAUGAUCUCUUUAACAAAGAGAAAAACAGGCAGCUGUCACUAACUCCCCGAACUGAGAAGAUUGAAGUGAAACACGUUGGUAAAACUGACCCUGGCACUGUCUUUGUGUUGAAUAAAAACGUUUCCACUCCUUAUAGCUGUGCCAUGCAUUUAAGUGAGUGGUACUGCAGGAAGUCUAUUCUGGCUCUUGUGGAUGGACAGCCUUGGGAUAUGUAUAAACCUUUGACCAAGUCCUGUGAAAUUAAAUUUCUAACUUUCAAAGAUGAUGAUCCAGGAGAAGUCAAUAAGGCUUAUUGGCGUUCUUGUGCCAUGAUAAUGGGCUGUGUGAUAGAGAGGGCAUUCAAAGAUGAAUAUGUGGUCCAUUUGGUCAGAGCCCCAGAAGUUCCAGUAAUCGCUGGAGCCUUCUGCUAUGAUGUUGUUUUGGAUAAGAGACUUGAUGAGUGGAUGCCAACAAAAGAGAACCUGCGUUCUUUCACAAAAGAUGCUCGUGCUUUAAUUUAUAAAGAUCUUCCAUUUGAAACCCUGGAAGUUGAAGCAAAAGUGGCAUUAGAAAUAUUUCAGCACAAUAAGUACAAAGUAGAUUUCAUAGAAGAGAAGGCAUCCCAGAACCCUGAGAGAAUAGUCAAGCUACACAGAUUUGGUGACUUCAUUGAUGUAAGCGAGGGCCCUCUUAUUCCAAGAACAAGUAUUUGUUUCCAGUAUGAAGUGUCAGCGGUUCACAAUAUUCAAGCCACCCAGUCGAGUCUUGUACGAAGAUUCCAGGGUCUCUCUCUACCUGCACACUUAAGAGCACAUUUUACCAUAUGGAAUAAAUUAUUGGAAAGGUCUCAGAAAAUGGUAACUGAAGAUCAAACUAAGCCUACAGAGAAGAGUGCAUCUACCUAGUAACUUCCUCAAAUUUAAAUACGUAAAUUAAAAUAAAAGUUUUCUAUGUGUGUUUGUGCGUGCUUAUAAAA